AUGGCAAACUUGCCCACCUCAUUUACAAUAGUUCUAAGCUUUUUGUUCAUCCAUGGUUACAAUUACAAUGUGCAUGUUAUGGCACAAUGGCCUAGUGGAGGAUCAACCAGGUUCUAUGAUUUCAAGGUACAAACCAAAAGAGUUACCAAACUGUGCAGCACCAAGGACAUGGUGACCAUCAAUGGGAAGUUCCCAGGGCCAUCUGUUUAUGCUCAAGAAGAUGAUAGAAUCAUUGUCAAUGUAACUAAUGAGACACCUUUCAAUAUCACAAUUCACUGGCAUGGUGUCAGACAAAAGCUAUCAUGCUGGUUUGAUGGACCUUCAUACAUAACCCAAUGUCCAAUUCAAGCUGGCCAGAGUUUUACAUAUGAAUUUACAAUGGUGAAGCAGAAAGGCACCUUCUUUUGGCAUGCACAUGUUUCCUGGCUAAGGGCAACUGUUUAUGGUGCCCUUAUUGUGUAUCCAAAAGCUGGGGUUCCUUACCCAUUCAAAGCCCCUUAUGAAGAGCACACCUUAAUACUAGGGGAAUAUUGGCUGCAGGAUGUUGUACAACUUGAAAGAGCCACCGCAGCAAGUGGAGGACCACCUACACCAACAAACGCCUAUACAAUCAAUGGCCAUCCAGGGCCAAACUACAACUGCUCCAACAAUGAUGUGUAUCAGAUUGAUGUGGUCUCAGGGAAGACAUACUUGCUAAGGCUAAUACAUGCAGGCUUAAACAUGGAGAACUUCUUUGCCAUUGCUAAUCACAGAUUGACAAUUGUGGAAGCUGAUGCAGAGUAUACAAAGCCAUUCACCACAGACCGUGUGAUGCUUGGACCAGGCCAGACCAUGAGUGUCUUAGUCACAGCUGAACAGUCUCCAGGAAAAUACUCCAUGGCCAUGGGACCUUACAUGUCAGCCAAGGGUGUCAAAUUCCAAAACAUUUCAUCCAUUGCUUAUUUCCAAUACUCUGGUGCUGUCCCCAAUAGCCUAUCUUUACCUGCUAAACUGCCCUGCUUCAACGAUAAUCUAGCCGUUAAGACGGUCAUGGAUGGAUUAAGGAGCCUAAACCCUGUUAAUGUUUCAAGACAGAUUGACACUGACCUUUUUGUCACCAUUGGAUUGAAUGUUCAAAAGUGUCACUCCAAGACACCAAAACAAAAUUGCCAAGGCCUUAAUAAUGGGGUUAUGGCAGCAUCAAUGAACAAUAUAAGUUUUGUUAAGCCAAAAAUUUCACUUUUGGAAGCUUAUUAUAAGAAGAUUAAUGGCUCUUUCACAGAGGACUUCCCUGGGGUACCCCUUAAGUUCUAUGACUUUGUCAAUGGGGCACCUAAUAAUGUUCCUAACAAUACACAGGCAUUGAAUGGGACUAAGGCCUUGGUCCUUGAAUAUGGUGCUAGAGUGCAACUCAUCAUGCAGGACACUGGAACAGUCACAACUGAGAACCACCCAAUUCAUCUUCAUGGCUAUAGCUUCUAUGUUGUUGGGUAUGGCACUGGGAACUACAACCCGAAAACUGCAAACUUCAACUUGGUGGAUCCACCUUACAUGAACACAAUUGGAGUCCCUGUGGGUGGAUGGGCUGCUAUACGUUUUGUUGCCGACAAUCCUGGGGUUUGGUUUAUGCAUUGUCACCUUGACGUACACCAGUCUUGGGGAUUAGGCACAGUUCUUGUUGUGAAGAAUGGAAAAGGAGACCUUGAGAUCCUUCCUCACCCUCCUGCAGACUUGCCUCAGUGCUAGAGUGCCUUUGGAUUUUGAUAGCUGACAUAGAAAGAUUGUUGUAAGUUAAGUUGUAACCUUUUGUUUCCAGUCGAGGAUUUUUUGGUCCAUUUCUUUCUUUAAAACUUGAAAUUGGGGUGGGGUUGUAAACGAGAGCAUAAUCAAAUUUAA